AUGCACGUUGGACAGAAGAGUCUGGAACGAGCAGUGGAGGCCUGCGACCCCGUGAACGAUUUGGUGCAAGGUCUAAUAUUCGCUUAUGCCAAAAAAAAAGGCGAACCCGGAGGUUUCGCACGAGCUUUGACCAACAGCUGUCGUCUCUCAAAGGUUUUUGCGGACAAUGUGUCCUCCACGGACAGUGUCUUGAAGUCCGCGCAGCUGAACUUUGCUGCGCAGAGGUACAACACCAUCGUGGAUGUUGCACAAUGUCUGGUCUUAAACAUCGAAGCCGUUCUUACAACUCUUACCGAGGUCCACCUGUCCAUGCCCCACCUAACAAAGUGGUCUGCUCAGCUUUUGCAGCUCCUGCAUUUGGAGAACUUGAUCCUCCUGGCAAUGGUGGCCGAGUUGGCCUCCCUGUGCAGCACCUAUGUGCAUGCCUUCGACAACAAGGUUCGUGGAGGUCUCUCGCAUGCUGCGAACAAGGCGGCCGCGGUCUACGAGCUGAGGUAUCACGCCAACAAGGUUUUCAGCUUCACGUCGCUCACUGGGGAGCAGCAAGAGCCACUGGCUCUUUCGGACUCCUACUCUGCCGGCUUCCUUCAGCUGCUAAAGAGUGGUUAUGACAUGUGUGUUUCAAAGGCGGUGGUACGUGAUCAGGAGCUGGUCUUUUACCACGCCGGAGCCCGUGAUGAGCACCACCUUAGAGGUAUCGUGGCAAAGCAGCUCGGUGUCAUCCAGUCUGUCCUGGACAAUACCUUGGCCGGGGUCGCUGCGCAUGAUCACGACUUCAUUCGGUCUUUACAGCCUUUCGACGUGGACCAUUGGAUGGCGCACAACUCUGAUGACACACUGUCGGGCAGCCAGUCGGUCUCGCGAGUCUAA